ACUGUGUAGGCCAAGUUUUGAAAUUAUACAGCACGUUUUUUCAUGAACAGUCGGCCAUCUUUGAUUUUUCUACGUUUUCGUUCUCGUGCUUCGCUUUCAGCAGUUGGCGAAAUUUUCACGCGUUUCCAUUGAAAAAAGUUAUUUUAGCUGUGCGAGCUUAAGAAACAAAUUAAAAUUCAACAAAAUUUAGACGAUUUUCUUAGCAGCAGGAAGUAACACAACGACAACAAGAUGGUGGAUAAAAUUGAAAUGAGUUUGGAUGAUAUCAUUAAGUCAACGCGCACACAGAAGAAACCACAGUCAGCUCGUGGCGGCCCAGGCGGCGCUCGUCGUGCCGGCGGCCAGCAGCGAUUUGCAGCUCGUCGUGGCGGUGCAGCUGGUGGCUCGCCACGCAAACCGGCCCCAGCCAGCGGCGCCGGUGGUGUGAUCAAAGGUCGCCGCGGAGGCAGCGGCGGCGGCGUCAUACAAAAGCCUCGGCUCGCACGGGGCGAUGUAAACAGCGCAUGGAAGCAUGAUAUGUACGAUGGUCCAAAGCGAAACGGCAGCAGCACUGCCAACAGUGCGGGGCCAACACGCUUGAUCGUCGGCAAUUUGGACUAUGGUGUCUCAAAUACGGACAUUAAGGAGCUAUUCAAUGACUUUGGCCCCAUGAAGAAGGCUGCCGUGCAUUAUGAUAGAUCUGGUCGCUCAUUGGGCACCGCUGAUGUAAUAUUCGAGCGUCGUUCUGAUGCACUCAAGGCCAUUAAGCAAUACCAUGGUGUACCCCUGGAUGGCCGUCCCAUGACCAUACAACUGGCCGUAUCAGAUGUUGCCGCACUCACCCGUCCCCUGCCUGCCGAUGAUGUCAAGCGUCGUGUGGGUGGCGGUGCUGGAGGUGGCAAUUUCAAACGUGGUGGUGGACAAGUUGGCGGCGGUCCGCGUCGUGGCAGUUUCCGUCGUCCGGCUGUUGGCAAAGCCGCUGCCGCCGGUGGCCAACGACGAGAAAGGAAAGCUGCACCCACUGCCGAGGAAUUGGAUGCAGAAUUAGAUUCGUACAUCAAUGACAUGAAGAUCUAAUUAAUUAUAGUCUGAAUUAAGGUCUAACAACAAUAUGGACUAACUAUGAUUAAGCAAAAACGGAACCACAACAAUUUAACAAAACAAAAACGUGUACAUGAACAGCUUUUAGUCAUAAUUUCUAUAACAACAAAUUUUCUACAACAACAAUUCUUUAUAUAAAUUAUAUUCACAAUGCUGUUUGGGUUUGCGCACUAAAAAUGAUUUGUUGUUAAAUGUAACAUUGUCUGCGCCCGCUCUAGUUAAUUAGUCAUCUAAAAUACACAUCGAUGUAUUUAAUCAUUAUUAAUAUAAUCUUACGUUUUAAAAGAAACAAUGACACACGAUGGUCAUCAUAUUUGUAAAAUCAGGUAUAACAAAUAAAUAUAAUAAGGUAUAAAAUCCGAUAAUCUAACUUGAUGGUAGUCUGUAUAAUUGAAAUGACAAAAUUAGUUAUUUAAUGGAUCUCUUUGCGCCGAUAGAGCAUCAUUAUUCUAUAUUUUCUUUCCAAAUAAACAUUUUGUAAAUGCUAAUCUGCAUUUAACCAUUA